AUGUCAACACAAACCUCACUCGCACCGUCUCCCACGCCUACGACGCAUCCCUCACGGACUCCUUCUCGGUCGGGAAAACUCCAGACUAUCACGCCCGAGCAGUUACCGGCCAGUCUUGACUUGGGUAUUACAUUGGGAUUGCAGACAUUGCGGCUUGGCGAAGGAAUGGAGUUUCGGCGUUCGGCGUCACCUGGCCAUGUGGGUGGGUUUGGAAGUCAUUUGUCGGCGUUCAACUCGGAGGAUAGUGGGGUGUUACUACACGGACAAGGACAAGCCCAACAACUUGAGAUGGGUGAGGGUCAGCAGCAGAGACCGGGUGCGAAGAGACAGUUGAGUAUUCAGAGUCUUGCUGGGCGACAUGGAGAGGGCGGGCGGAUGUCGAAAGGGCUGUGGUUGACUGGGUAUAUUAAUUCUGACGACUCGGAUAUGUCCUACGAAACCUCCCCGGCUACAUAUACGGCCCCAUCGAGUGAAGCUGGUGAAAGGAUGGAUGUGGAACAGGAAUAUGGGUCAGACGAUGAGGAUAAGGAGAAUAUGAUUGAGUGA